CGUUAUAGUUUUCGUAUGGAAUAUACAAAUAUUGAAUAUGAACAAAAUAUAAUACCAAUGUCAUUUCGUACAUUUUGUCGUACUAUUUUCAUUGAAUUGAAUGCAUGGUCAGCAAUCAUCUAUAUGUUUUCAAUGAUUACAUGGCCAGAUAAUGAAAUAUUCAUUGAAAUUGAAGAUAUUGAACAUAUGAUGAAUGUCAAACAUAUUACCAUUUUGGCUAUUGAAAUGAUUUCAGCGUUUUUUAUAUUAGAAUUAAUGUGGUUUCAAUUAUUUCAUGAUAUUAUACAAUAUCGUUCAUCAUUCAAUGAAUUUUUUGCAAACAAUUGGAAUUAUGAUGAUCGACAACAUUUUCGGCCAAAAAAACGUUUGUAUCUGAUUAAAUUCUAUUUGAAAUCAAAUAGUAUGGCAAUCAUUAUCUAUUGGAUUGUAAUGACAUCGGUUUUUUUCCUACUAAUAAUACAUAUAUUUUAUCUAUUUGUAUUCUAUGUUGAUGGCCGUAUUAAUUUACUUGAAAUGUUCAUAUGUAUACCGUUAACAGCGAUGAUUGUUUCACAUUUAAAUAUAAUUACAAAUCAUCAAUUAUUAUCAUGUAAUUUUCUUGUAUUUUUAAUGGAAUUUUUCAAAAUUCGUUUCGAACAAUUAUUAUUCAUCUCGAAUGCAAUAACAAAUCAAUCGGAACAAAAAAGAAAAAUAUUCUGGAAACAUUUUCAAAAUGAAUAUGUUGAACUUUAUAGAGAAAUUUCACGUCUUAAUUGUACAAUACGUAGAAUAUUGUUCGAUAUGGAAAUGAUAUCAAAAUCAUCCAUAAUUACAACAUGUAUUUUCUAUAGUAGACAAACCAAUUUAAAUGUAUUCAAUAUGACAGCCAUUGGUGCUAUGCUUUCAAGAUUUAUAUUGACAACAAUGUUAUAUUCACGUGUUUCACGUUUACCAGCAUAUAAUCAACACUGUUGUCGAUCAAUCAUGAAAGGAUUAUGUCGAUUACAAUGGUCAACAUCAAAUCAAUUAUCAUCAUCAGAUCGAACAUUAAGAUUGUGGCCAAAAAUUAUUAAAAAUCGUACAUCACAUGAUUUGAUACGAAAAAAUUUAUUUUUACAAACAAUGUCAUCAAAUCAAUUUGGUUUCCAUUGUGGACAGAUGUUUUUCAUAACUAAAUUCAAAUAUAUCCAGUUAUUGAUUUUAAAUUUUCAUUUAGUUAUUAAAUUUUAUAAAAAAAUAUGUCUAACAUCAACAUCAAAUUGA